AUGCGGCGGCCGAACAUCGCGCUUCAGGGCGCAACUCUCAGCGCAAGUGGCGGGCGAGUGCGCGCGCCGGGAGCUGAAGCCUCCGCAGGGGGCCACCGCGUCACCAGCGGCAGUCGCAAACAGUGUCAGUGGCGGGGCGGCGGAGGCGCAGUGACAAGCGCGGAGAAUGAUGACGACGAUGCUGAUGUCGUUGAUGGUGGUAACCACACUCGUGGCGGGGUGCUUCUGGAGCAGAUUGCUGCCGCGGCGCGAAUGAAGCGAGCUGCGCAAGAGGCGGCUGCAGCGCGGCGCGUGGCACUGGAGCAGCGCGGGACGGUGGAUGACGAAGGCAAAGGGGCGAGGGGGCGGGCUGCAGGACUGGCAGAGCGGAGGCGGGGCGACGACAAGGCUGGGAAGGCGCACGGAGGUGACGAGGCAGGUGGGGGUAGUGAAGCGCGGAGGGUUGGGGUGAACAGGAACGGGCAGGUGAGGAUUCUUGUAAACGAGCAGCAGGCAGACGGCUGUGAUGAGGGCCAGGUGAUGCAGGAACAGCACACAGCAGCAGCAGUGUUGGAAGGAACAGCAGAGGGAGUGAGAAAGGAUGGAACGGACGAGGAAGCGAGCAAGACGCAGGCAGAGGCAGCAGCAGCAGCAGCAGCGGCCUUCCCCACACUGGCACUGGCGCCGCUGGUGCCUCUGCUGGGCACAGGGGAAGACGUGGCACGAGCCAUGUGCGUGAACAGGGAGUGGCGCCACUCUCUCACACACGCCGUCCGCUCCUUCUCCCUCCGCUUCCACCCAGACUCCCUCUCCUGGCGCCCCUCCUUCCACCACCCCCCCGCCCUCUCCUCGGACCAGUGCAAUCCUGCAGCCGUCCAGCUCCCCCUGCUGGACCCUUCGCCUGCGCCCCUCCCCCCGCCCUCCCUCCGCCUGUGCGCCAACCAGGGGUGUGGCAGCUGCGCCAGUGGCAGCACUGCCUGGUGCGCGGGGGGUGGGGAGCGAGGGGGGUGGGGGGAAGAGGCGGAAGCAGGAGGCAACGCGAGCAGCAGCAGCAACAACAGCAGCAGUGACGGGUAUGGGAGCGGAUGGGGGAAGGUGCUGAGUUCAGUGGUACUGCAGUGCGACAUGCCCUUCCCAUGCACAUCGCUUUUGACACCGGGCAACAGUGUCACAAGCUGGAAGCACGCUCUCUCUCGCUACCCCAACCUCACGUCGCUGCACCUACCCCUCCUCUCCUCCCCCCCUUGGUCCACCUUGACCGACAGCCUCGACAACAGUGCACGCAGCAGCCGCUACUACCCGCUCCCCUGCGACGUGCUCGUGUCGCCGGCUCAGCUGAGCAGCCUGCUGUGCGGCCUGGGGCAGCUGCAGUGCAGCGCCACGCUGCGCUGUGUGCACGUGGAGGUCACUGUGGACUGGCACUCGCAGCACCUCGUACGCACCAGCACCAGCAGCAGCGGCGGCGGCGGCGGCGGCACGCACUACCAGCGCCACGCUCCCAGGCAGCACCACCUGCUGUGCCACCACGGGGAGCUCGCGUGCCCUCGCCUCUUCCACAGCCGCAUGCAGAAACGCACGCUAGCCAUGGAGCAGAGAGAGGUAGAGAAGGGCGUGCAGGGUCUGCUGCACGGCUGCCCCAACCUGCGAGCGCUGCACCUGCACGGCCCAGAUCUCUCCUGCCUCCUCUCCCUCUCCCCAUCCACCCUCGCCGCCUUCUCCCACCUCACUCACCUCUCUCUCCCGCUCCCAGGCUCCAUCCCUACGCCCAUUCUCCACCUCUCCCGCCUCGCCUCGCUCUCCCUCUCGCUCUGCCUCGAGUGUCCCACUGCUCUCGCCAGCUUCCACCGCCAGAUGCUCUCUCCGGGUCUCUUCCGCCACCUCUCCUGCCUCUCCUCCCUCUCUCUGCUCGCCCUCAGCUCGCCCCGUGGUGCAGCCACCGCCACCACCACCACCAGCAGCAGCGUUGUUAGCGUGUCACCAAGCCUCCUCGAUGGCUUGCACGCCUCCCUCCACUCGCUCACGCUGCUGCUGCACGAUGCCGACGUGCACGCCCCAAGUGCAUCACCCCUCACCUCCCUCUGGACCCUCUCCCGCCUCACACACCUCAACACCGAUCUUCACACCAAUUUCACCACUGAUUUUAACACGCUCGUCUACCCCCCUCCCUCGUCUACAGCCCCUCCCACUCCACUCACUCCCACCGCGCAUCUCUUCCCACCACACCUUUCUACCCCCCCACCCUCUCCAACGCCACAUCUCGGCCUCGCGUCCCUAUCACACCUGACCUCCCUCACCCUCACCUCUCUCACCCACGUCCCUGCGUCCCUCUCCCUCCUCUCAUCCCUCUCUCGCCUCGAGCUGCCCCGAGCCACAGAGGACCCUCACGGGGCCAUCCCUCACCCACAGCUGCCCACCACCCACAUGCACACUCACUGCUACCCCUCCCUGCGCCACUUAGAGCUACACGGAAUCUCCUCCUGCCACUGGCGCUGGGGCAACCGCGCUGUACCACCCGCCUUCUCCCUCUUCCCCAACCUGCAUACCCUCAUCUGCAACCCCCCUCCCGAUGACCCACACACAAACCACUCAGUCAACCUAGACCUUGCCCUGCUCCCCUCUCUCACCCGCAUCUCUGGGGGGUUUGCGCUGUCCCGUGCCGACCAUCUGCUCUAUCCUUCUCUCCACACGGUCGUGAUUAACCGUGGCAGGAUGGUCCCUUCUGUGCCCUGGGAGCCAUUGCUGCAGCUGCGGUCUCUGCGCACGCUCAUUCUCUCGCACUCGUUCCUCCUCUUAGACUCACCGAACCCGUACUACUGGCACAGGGACGUGCCACCGCCCUUGCACCUUCUCACAGCCCUGCACACGCUGCAGAUGCCCCUGCCCUGCCGUAAAUGGCAAAGGAAUCUGCCACGGCUGACAUUGAACUGGCCUCCGCACAUGCGCUGCCUGCGCCUGUGCGACUCCCCUCUCACUCAUCUGCCCUCGACCGUGCUCGGGUGCUUGGAACUGGAGGAGCUGCAUCUUAUUGGCUGGCCGCAAUUGAGUGAGCUGCCAGCCGGGUUGGCAGGGUUGGAGAGGCUAAGGGUGGUGAGGGUGAGUGGGUGUGAGGAGGAGCCUACUGUGCCUGUUGAGCUGGUGCCUCUGCUUCGAGGGAAGCGCUGGCACUUCCCCUUCACCCAAUCCAUGGCUUGUGAGCGAUGA